AUGCUUCGUAACUCUACCUGGCGCCUCGACGAAACCAAUCUCGCCAACUUCGGCUCUGAACUCGAGCGUCAACAUCGCAAAGAAGAAGGCUCCCUCGAGCAAGCAUGGAACUAUGAAGGAUCCCCUAUUGGCAAGGAACCGGGCAUGUGGAUUUGGCGUGUGCAAAGCUUUGAGCUCGUUACUGUGCCUGAGAAUAAGUAUGGUCAGUUCUAUCAAGGUGAUAGUUAUGUUGUCUUAAAGACCACUCUCAAGCAAAACUCGGAUGCUCUCGUGCACAACAUUCACUUUUGGCUCGGCUUGGAGACCACUCAGGAUGAAGCUGGUACAGCAGCUUACAAGACCGUUGAAUUGGAUGACUUUUUGGAUGGUCUUGCUACACAACACCGUGAAGUCCAACGUCGUGAGUCUCGCAUGUUCAAGAGCUACUUUAGUACUUUGAAGUAUUUGCAAGGUGGAUUUGCUAGUGGAUUCAACCAUGUGGAGGAGGAAGAAUUUCACAAGCGCUUGUUGCGUGUUCAUCGUCCCGAUGCCCUUGAAGGCACCCGUACACGCAAUGCUGUAGUGAUCACUGAAGUCCCUAUGAGCCAUGAGAGUUUGCGUUCCAAGGCCGUCUUUGUGCUUGAUGCUGGUGCCAAGGUUUAUCAAUGGCAGGGUAAAGAAUCACGUGGCGUUGAACGUGCCAAGGCUGCGGAGUAUAUUUCUCAGUUGAUUAGCGAACGUAACGGUGAUGGUGAAAUGGUCGUGAUUGAGCAAGAUUCAGGCAGUGCACGUGAAUUCUGGGAAGAGUUGGGCUCCGAAGGCGAUAUCGCUGACAAUGACGAUGAUGAUGAAGUGGAAGAGGAAGUGGAUGAGAGUCAAGAUCUUCCCAAGAAGCUCUUUGUUUUACGCAAAUCUCAUGCCUCGCUCGGUCUCAAGCUCAAGUUCGAACUCGUUGCUGAGGAUAAGAUCUCCAAGGAAAUGUUCGAUACCAACCAUGUUUACAUCUUUGAUGUUGGUCACCAAGUCUAUACCUGGAUUGGUCAUGAAGCAGGUCGCCGUGAACGUCGUGCUGGUCUUCAAUAUGCACAGGACUAUGUCAAGGACAGCGGUCGUUCCGCAUUCACCCCCAUCUGUAAGAUUGUUGAAGGUGGUGAAGAUGAGCUCUUUGAAUCUUCUCUUGAAGGAUGGCAAGGCUGGUAA